AUGGCGGUAGCAGGAGGAGUAAAUAUGGAACAAUUUGAGGCGUAUUUUCGGAGGGCUGAUUUGGAUCAGGAUGGCAAGAUCAGUGGUGCAGAAGCUGUUGCUUUCUUACAGGGAUCCAAUCUGCCCAAACAAGUCCUCGCUCAGAUAUGGAUGCAUGCUGACCAGAGCCACACUGGCUAUCUCAGCCGUCCCGAGUUUUAUAAUUUCCUUAAACUUGUAACGGUGGCUCAGAGCAAGCGAGAAUUAACACCAGAUAUUGUGAAGGCAGCAUUAUAUGGUCCUGCUUCAGGCAAAAUCCCUGCCCCAAAGAUAAAUCUAGCAGCAACACCUGCACCACAGUCGAACUCAGUCGGUGCUGCACCUCCAUUACAGAUGGGUGCGGCUGCACCAGCACUUUCUAAUAAUCUUGGCUUCAGAGGAUUGACACCUUCAAGUACCAGUAUAAACCAGCAGUUUGGAGAGGCACCUUCAAUUUCAGGCAUGAACCAGCAAUUCAGACCGGUACCUUCAAGUUCGGGCAUGAACCAGCAAUUCAGACAGGUACCACCAAGUACAAAUGUGAACCAGCAAUUUGGACAGCCACUUUCGAGCACGAGUACAAUCCAGCAGUAUUUCUCUUCUCAGGGUAACCAACCAAACAGACCUCUACCCAUGUCUGCUGCUACUGCGUCACGACCAUCUCCAGGUCCUGGUGGUCUGAAUUUCCCCAGGGGAGGUGAUAUGGUCGGUCCUGGUCUUCCAAACUCGAACAACGAUUGGUUUGGUGGAAGAACUAGUGUUGCUCCUACUGGACCAACACCAGAUUCAAACAAAGGAGCCAGUCCAUCAAUUCCUCCAGUUGCUCCAAAAUCGCUAGAUUCAGUUUCAACAGUGUCCUCAAUGUUUGGAGGGGAUGUGUUCUCUACCACCCAAUCUCCAUCUCUUCAGGGUUCAUCUACACCAACACGACCUGCCGGUGGCGUUCCUACCUCCUCAGCCAUUACUGGGGCGCAGCCUUCAGCUAAGCCUGAUCCAUUUGAAUCUUUCCAGAGCACUCUCAUGAAACCAUCUAUGGGCCAGCCUCAGCAGACAUCAUCUCUGCCAAAAUCUAAUCAGCAGGUUUCAACUCAAGUUACUUCUUUUGGCUCAUCAUCUGGAGCGCCAGCUGGUGGGGGGAAUUCCGCUUCAGAACAGUCUCAGAUUUCAUGGCCGAAAAUGACACGCACGAGCGUUCAGAAAUAUGCCAAAGUUUUUGUAGAAGUAGACACUGACAGAGAUGGGAAGAUCACUGGUGAGCAGGCGCACAAUCUAUUCUUGAGUUGGAGACUACCAAUAGAGGUCUUAAAGCAGGUUUGGGACUUAUCAGAUCAAGACAGUGAUGGCAUGCUUUCUUUGACAGAGUUCUGCAUUGCACUAUAUUUAAUGGAGCGUUACAGGGAAGGACGGCCACUUCCAUCGGUGCUUCCUAGUAGUGUCAUGCUCGAUGAAACUCUGUUGUCUUUGGCAGGUCCACCCACUGCUUCUUAUGGAAGCAUGGGCUGGGGGGCCACUACUGGCAUAAGACCACAGCAACUCCCGCAUGGUUCCCAGCCUAUUGCAUCUGCUGGUUUAAGGCCUCCAACACAGACAGUUUAUUCUCAGCCUGAUGGAUUGAUGCAAUUCAAUGAACAGAAUGCUAGAGGUCCUCUAAUGGAUAAUUCCUAUACGAGUGAACUCAGUAAUGACGAGGAGAAUUAUUUGGACAAUAAAGUUCAAGAGGCAGAAUCCAAUGAAAAGGUUGAAAAUAAUGAGAAAGUGCUUCUGGAUUCCAGAGAGAAGAUUGAAUUCUAUCGGACAAAAAUGCAAGACCUUGUUUUGUACAAAAGUAGAUGUGAUAAUCGUCUUAAUGAAAUUACAGAAAGGGCUUUAGCAGAUAAGCGUGAGGCUGAGUUACUUGCCAAGAAAUAUGAAGAGAAAUACAAACAAGUCGCAGAAAUUGCUUCUAAACUAACUAUUGAAGAGGCUUCAUUUCGUGAAAUUCAGGAGAGAAAAAUGGAAUUGCAGCAAGCAAUCAUUAAAAUGGAACAAGGUGGUAGCGCAGACGGUAUUCUUCAGGUUCGAGCUGAUCGUAUUCAAUCAGAUCUUGAGGAGCUGUUGAAGGCUAUGGCCGAGCGUUGCAAGAAACAUGACUUACAGAUAAAAUCUAUAGCAUUGAUUGAGCUUCCGCCAGGUUGGCAACCUGGGAUCCCAGAGUUUGUGUCAAUCUGGGAUGAAGACUGGGACAAGUUUGAAGAUGAAGGAUUUUCAUUUGAUGUCGCUGUUCCUGCAAAUGCUAAGUCAACAUCUGUUCAUGAAGAGAAUUCUUCUCCAACUCAUAACUUUUCCCCUGAUUCGGGGUCAAUUCCUGAUGCUACAUCUGAAAAACCCUUCAGCAAAGGUGUCAGUGCUUUUGAGACAGAAUCGUCGUAUGCACACAGUGAAGAUGAAUCAAAGAGUCCACAAGGAAGUCCAGCAAGGCAAACAACAUUUGAAAGUCCAUCUCCCAAAUAUUCAGAAAACCAUUUCAGGAAGAGCUCUGAUGGAGAUGCUGAAACUCAUAGAAGCUUUGAUGAAUCUGCAUGGGGUACUUUCGACAAUAAUGAUGACAUUGAUUCAGUUUGGGGCUUUAAUGCUAAGGACUCGGAUCAUGGGAAGCAUGAAGAGAAGUAUUUCUUUGGGUCGAGUGAUUUUGGUGCGAGUCCAGCAAGAACUGAUUCCCCCCAGAAGAAUAGCCCGUUUACUUUUGAGAACUCUGUUCCUGGGUCCCCACUUUCUAGGGCGGGGAAUUCUCCUCCGGGAUACAAUGCUGAAUCUAGAGAUCCCUUUUUUGACAGUUUUUCAAGGUACGACUCCUUCAGUACGCAGGAUAACAUCUCAUCUCCCCGUCAGGAGACUAUCACUAGGUUUGACUCCUUGAAUAGCACAAGGGAUUUUGGACAUAGUGGUGGCUUUUCAUUUGACGACUCUGAUCCAUUUGGUUCUAGCGGUCCCUUUAAAGUCUUGUCAGAAAGUCAAGCUCCAAAAAAAGGUUCUGAAAGUUGGUAA